CUGAAUAUUGUGGAGAAAUUGUAACACAAGAUGAAGGUGAAUUACGUGGACGAAUGUAUGAUACAAUUGGUACAAGUUUUUUAUUUGAUCUCAAUGAAGAAUAUAUGGUUGAUGCAACACGUCGUGGAAAUAAAAUACGUUUUGCUAAUCAUUCAAUAAAUCCAAAUUGUUAUGCUAAAGUUAUACGAGUUAAUGGUGAUCAUAGAAUUGGAAUUUAUUCAAAACGUUGUAUAACAGCUGGAGAAGAAUUAUUUUUUGAUUAUCGUUAUGGAGCCAAUCAUCAUUUACGUUUUGUUGGUGUAGAAAAAAAUACAUUGGGAGAUCAAAUUGAUAUCUAA